UCUUCCUCUCUCUCUCUCUAUAUAUAUAUAUACAUCUCUUUUCCGCCCAUAUAAUACCUUCGAUUUAAUAUUUUUCUCUCAUCAAUUGAAUUAAUAAUAAGUACAUAUUAAUCGAGCUAUAUAUAUUCUGAGAGGGAAAUAUAUAACUAUGUACAGGGAGAAUUAAUAAGGUAGCUAGCUAGGUAGAGAUUAUAUAUAUGCAAUACACAUGGCAUUGAAGGUGCUGACGGCGUUGGAUCAUGCUCGGACGCAGUACUACCACUUCAAGGCGAUCGUGAUCGCCGGGAUGGGACUCUUCACCGACUCGUACGACUUCUUUUGCGUCUCCCCCGUGAUGACGCUCAUCGGCCGCAUCUACUACAGCCACGACGAUGACGAUGACGAUGACGAUGACCCCGGCGUCAUCCCGCCCACAAUUGUCUCCACCGCCGUCGCCAUCGCUCUCCUAGGCGCCGUCGUCGGCCAACUCGUGUUCGGCGCGCUUGGCGACCGCGUGGGCCGGCGCCGCGUCUAUGGCAUCUGCCUCGUCCUCAUGGUCGCCAGCUCCUUCGCCUGCGGCUUCUCCAUCUGCCGCACGCGCAAAUGCGUCCUCACCAGCCUCUGCUUCUUCAGGUUUAUGCUGGGGGUGGGGAUCGGAGGCGACUAUCCGCUGUCGGCGACGAUCAUGUCGGAGUUCGCGAACAAGCGGACGCGGGGGUCGUUCAUAGCGGCGGUGUUCUCGAUGCAGGGGUUCGGGAUCCUGGCGAGCUCGGGAGUGACGAUGGCGGUGACGGCGGCGUUCGACCGGGCGACGAAGAGUGGCGACAUCAGCCCGACUCACACGCCGGCGGGGGCGGACCUCGCGUGGCGGAUCAUCCUCAUGAUCGGCGCCGUCCCGGCUGCGCUCACCUUCUACUGGAGAAUGGCCAUGCCGGAAACCGCCAGGUUCACGGCCCUGGUGGAGCACGACGUGAUCAAGGCCACCACCGACAUGGGCCGUGUUUCGGAUUACGACUUCGACCUGCAAACUAUGCUGGAGGAUACAGAAUCCCUGCAGCAGCAGCGCGGCGCACCGACGGCUGCCUCGCCUUCCCCCGCCUCCUACGGCCUCUUCUCCCGCGAGUUCCUGCGUCGCCACGGCCGCAACCUCUUCGCCUGCGCCGCCGCCUGGCUCAUCGUCGACAUCCCCUACUACAGCAGCACCCUCUUCCAGUCUCGGAUCUACAAGCCCUGGUUCCCCGACCCCCAGCAGGUCAACGCCUACCAGGAGGCCUACAACCUCGCCAAGUGCCAGGCCAUCAUCGCCGUCGCAUCUGCCAUCCCGGGCUACUUCGCCAGCGUCUACUUCAUCGACCGCAUCGGCCGCCGCUGCAUCCAGAUGCUCGGCUUUGCCUUCAUGGCCCUCUUCCUCUUCGCCCUUGCGGGGACCUACAACGCCUACUGGCAUGGCCACGCCAGCGCCUGGUUCAUCACCCUCUACGCCCUCACCUUCUUCUUCUCCAACUUCGGCCCCAACACCACCACCUUCAUUAUCCCCGCCGAGCUCUUCCCCGCGCGGUUCCGCUCCACGUGCCACGGCAUCUCCGGGGCUUCCGGGAAGGUCGGGGCCAUUAUCGGGGCCGUCGGGUUCCUGUGGGCGUCGCAGGACAGGAAGAGGGCUGACGUACGGAGAGGGUACGAGCCGGGCAUCGGGAUAAGGAACGCGCUAAUCGUACUCGGGGCCAUCUGCGUGGUCGGCCUGGCACACACGUACGUGUUCACGCCGGAGACGAAGAUGCGGUCGUUGGAGGAGAACGAGAAGGAGAAGGAUAACGAGGGGGCAGGAGGGCCCGGGAGCGGUCCACAGCAGACGAGGGAUGGCGACGGGGAGGAUGAUCAUGAGGAGGAGUUGGUCGUGGCUGUGAAAGAAGCAGAGCUGCUGCCCAAGAUGACGAGUGCUGCUAGUCCCUCCUCGGAUAGGAGCCACCAGAGUAGCUCGCCUCUGCAUGCGAAUUAUCGUGGUGAACAAUACGGGACCGCCUCUUCUCCUGCUUCUUAAUUACGUGACUUGGUUUUUUUUUUUUUUUUUAAUUACUGGGUCGAUAGAUAGAUAGAUAGAUAGAUAGAUAGAUAGAUAAAUAGGUAUGCAGGUUGAGAAAAAUAAAGGCUCGCGUAAUUUUGAGUUACAACGGAUGGUAUGUAAUUAAGGACAAAUAAGCCUUGAGGAAUAGGCGGAGCACAUGCAUAAGAGUGUUCUUUCGAACGGUAGCAACAAGUCGAUAAAACAAAUUAAGAAGAGUGCGCCGCAGGAGUGUCCAGCCCAGCCCAGCCCAGCCCAGUUUUGGCCCUGUCCUAAUUAAGCCCAUCAUUAAUUCUGUAUGUUUCCAAGAUUAAUUUGCGGGCUCCAUGGCAACUGACAACCUACUACGCUGGAGCAUUUUUUAACGUUUUCUAACCAAAAGUAAUACAUAUUAACACGGCCAUAUCGGUUUCAUCGAAUAUAAUUCUCAAAAAAGUGACACGAGUGAUAAAAUAUGAAGGGCUUUAAUCGUUUCGUGCGCUCAUAAGCGUCCAAAUAGACCAUACUGAUUAGUAGAGAUCUCAACUGCGCCAGUAAAUACAAAAUUAGAACAUCAAAUCAUCUCCCUUUAUUUAAAAAAAAGAAAGAAAGAAAAAAAAAAAAAAACGGAUUGUUUGUUGGGCCCGUAUCUCUUCAUG